AUGCAAAUCGGCGAGCUCUACACCUACCCUAUUAAAUCCCUGCAAGGGAUCACCCUCUCUACCGCUGAAUUGACGGCCCGCGGCUUUCCCUACGACCGGCGUUUCAUGCUCCUGAAAGUCGUCUACAAUGACGAUGGCACCUCGACCAAAAAGAAUAUGCACGUCCCUCACUUCCCCGAGAUGUCCCUCUUCUACACCGACCUCAUAUAUCCCUCCAUGGAUGGCGCCGAGAGCGGCCGGAUUAUCGUCACGUACCGUCCCCCAGACCAUGCCAAAAGCCGCACCCUUGAGGUCCCGCUGCAGCCGGAUACCCGAGGUCUGGAAGAAUUGGCCAUUGUGAUGCAUCAAAGCCCGACCAAGGGAUAUAACAUGGGAGAGCGGUACAACGGAUGGUUCAGUAAGUGUUUCGGAUACGAGGUUGUGUUGGCGUAUUUGGGACCUCAUUCGAGGGGCGUGCUGGGUAGUUUUGCGCCGGAGAAGAGCGUUGCACAUAUGUCGCUGAACAAUAGUUGGGUUAGCAUGAAGGCGGUUGGGGGACUGACGAUUGCGACGCUUCUGUUGAAUUGGGUUGUUGGUCCAGGGGAGAUAUCGGUGAGGGAAAUGCUACCGAGUCUGGCGGCGACGGUGGUAGCAGUGCUGUUGUUGGGUUGGACUCGGUACGGGGGCGGAUGGGCGCGCAAGGGGGAACGUAUCACAUUUGCAGAUACGGCGCCAUACUUGCUUGUGUCCCGGACGUCGGUGGCUGAUGUGUCAGCGCGGUUGACGGGCGACGAGGAGAUGGAUGUCACCAAGUUCCGGCCGAAUAUCGUGGUGGCGGGGGCGCAGACGGCCUUUGAGGAGGACUUUUGGGCGGAGUUGAAGGUGGGCCAGGAUCAGGGUGCAGGUGAGGGGCUGGCAAGGUUGCUGCUCACGGCCAACUGCGUGCGGUGUCAAAGUCUCAAUGUGGACUAUGCGACGGGGAAGAUGGGCACGGGCGAGACAGGCACAGUAUUGAAGAAGCUGAUGAAGGACCGUCGUGUGGAUAAAGGGGCCAGGUUCAGCCCGGUGUUUGGACGAUAUGUGUUUCUGGAUGGGAAGUCCGAUGGCCAAACGGUGCGGGUGGGCGAUGCGGUGGUGGUGGCCAGGCGUAUCGAGGAGCGCAUGGUGUAUGACUGGCCGGGGUUGACCAACUGA